ACAAACGCGUUGUAUAUCGCAGCGAAGACCCCAUGCUUUCAUGUCAGUCGUAACUGCACUACGUGUACGAGUACGCGUGUGUGAUAUGCAUACAGCAUGCAGGGAAGUGUUACAGAUAGGUACAGAUAAUAAUGCGGCGCGUUUGCGUGAUCGAGUUUCAAUGCAAUGCAAGCCAAUGCCAUGGGAUAGAGACGUGUCGUGGUUGGGAGAUGACCUAGGCCCUAAUUGGGUUUUUUAUUAGCAGUUUCGAGCCUCAAGAGAUUAGAAAGAGACCUUGCCAAUCCAAGAGACAGAGGGCCCGUCAGGAUUUAACGUUAACUUAAAUUAAAGUUAAUUUUAGCUUUGAACUGAAUGAAGGCGAACUGCCGCUGCUGCGCUACUGAGGUCUGAGCCUCAUUUCACUUCUUCUCAUGCAUUUUUUGUGAUCAGUGACCAGUCGUCAUGUUUAACAACUGGGAAAGGCCUCGGGGACCCGGCUUUGGUGGGCCUGGCGGUGGAGGCCCCGGCGGGCCAGGGAAUAUGCGGAUGCAACACCAACGGAUGCCGAACCGCCCUCCAUUUCAUGGACCAAGAUCAGGACCCGGACCAAUGUUUAUGCGAGGGCCGUCUGGAAAUGGGCCAGGCCCGCGCCCACAUUCCAUGGGAAUGAGAAUGCAAAUGGACAACAUGGGACCUCAAGGACAAGGACUGAUGCCGGGGCCACGGAAUUGGCACGGACCACCAGGUCCAGAACCUGGCAUGCGCAUGAGGAUGAGGGGACCAGGACCAAGGCCACCUGGACCAAGAGGACCACCAAUGAUGUCUGGCCCACAUCAUGGUCAAGGGCAAGGGCCUACAAUUCCAGGACCAAGUCCCACAAGGCCAACACAUAUGUUGCCGGAGCCUGUUCAGGUGUUGGUCAAGCAAGCUGAAGCUGCUGAAGCCGCAGUUGGUAUGCCGCAGACAACAGAGAACGAAGAGGUGAAACUGAGAGGUCUUCAGGAUCAGGCAUUACAGUGGCAAGCAACGGCUCCCAUAAGAAAACAGGUGGAAAAUGUACAGCACCAGGCAGCUGCUCAAGACCAGUGGCAGAAUUACCAGAGUCAGAUGCAAGCAUAUCAACAACAGUACCAACAGUGGUACCAAAGUCAAGAAGCUGCCUUGGUUAACGUUAAAUUGGAAACCUUACAAGAAAAGAAGGCUACGUGCGUAAAACAGCUCACAGACUGGAAAACUCAGUUCGAUCAGUGGGUAGAACAGCACAAGAAACAUCCAAACAAGGACCAGUUUGAUCAAUAUCAAAAUCAAUGGAAAACAUGGCAGACACAGAUGGAGGGUAUGGUGAAUUCAUUGGAUAUGCAGAUUAAAAUAAAAGAGGCAUCACUUCAAAAAAAUUCUCAAGCACCUGUUUCUGUGAGUGGUGUAGGACCAGUUACCACACAGAAUGCAAAUGUGGCAUUACCAACAAGCGGACAUGGAAUGGUUCCAUCUAGUGGUCCUGGAAUGGGACAAAUACUGCCAACUAGUUCUGUUCCAAGCAGUCAGGCUGUAGUCAAAGUCUCAAGUAGUUCUGGGACUGGAACAGGUCCAGGGAGUGGAGCGGGUCCAGGAAUUGAAGUGGGACCGAAGCCAACUGAGAGUGGAAUGGGAACAGGGCCUGGAAUAAGUCAUGGAACAACUCCUGCAUUGCCUAAAACAACUGAUCAAGGAUCAAGAAUGGAAAGUGGAAACAAGUCCAAUUCUGGACCAGGUCUCCCAGGCCCCAAAAGUAAGGUACCCGGCAAAGACAGUUUUCCGUUUCCAUUUCCUGAUGAUCUUCCAUUUCCAGGAGAUAUUGAUAAUUUCCCCUUUCCUGAUAUGAAAAAAUUAGAUGCAAUGUUUUCAGGUGAUAUGAAAUCAGAUGAAUUUCCAUUUCCUUUCCCUGAUUUUCCAAUGCCAGGUGGCAUGAUGGGGCCAGACUUUCCAUUACCUGAAGGACUGAAGCCAGAUGACAUGAAGAAAGAUAUGGAAGAAUUCAUGAAGCAAAUGGAAUCAGAACUAGGUCGUGUCGCAUCUUCAAACUUUCCAUCUACCCAGAGGGGAAGCAACAUCCUUGAUAAGGAAAAUCAACGCGGUUUGGAUGCUGGGAGGGUGAGAGGACCAAACGUUGAUUCUACCUUGAGAGAGAGACACAUGAUGGGUACAGGGGGUGGAGUGUCAGUACAACGAAUGGAAAGAGGUCCACCACCAGCAGUUGAUUCUAGAAUGGAGAUGGGAAUGGAUCAAGGUCCAAAAGGUAUGAUGAGACAUUCCCAAGAUAGAGAGCCAUCAGUAAUGGACAGAGGCCCAAGAGAAAUGGAUGCCGGCCCACACGGAAGGCAUAGGAUCUCACCAGGAAUAGAAAGAAGACAACCAGGAAUGGAUAGAACUCCUCUUGAAAUGGAUAGAGGUCCUUAUAUAAUGGACAGAGGUCCUUCUAGAAUGGAUAGGAACAUUCCUGGAAUGGACAGAGGUCCAUCUGGAAUGGAUAGGAACCUUCCUGUAAUGGACAGAGGUCCAUCUGGAAUGGAUAGGAACCUUCCUGAAAUGGACAGAGGUCCAUCUCGAAUGGAUAGGAACAUUCCUGGAAUGGACAGAGGUCCAUCUGGAAUGGAUAGGAACAUUCCUGGAAUGGACAGAGGUCCAUCUCGAAUGGAUAGGAACAUUCCUGGAAUGGACAGAGGUCCAUCUGGAAUGGAUAGGAACCUUCCUGGAAUGGAUAGAGGCUCUUCUGGCAUGGAUAGAAGUCCUAUGGGCGUGGAUAGAGGACAUCCAGGCAUGGAUAGAGGGCAACCAGGCAUGGAUAGAUCGCACUCAGGCAUGGAUAACAGACAACUAGGAAUUGACCGAGGUCAUGCAGGAAUGGAUAGAGGCCCACCAGGCAUUGAUAGAGGCCAUCCUGGAAUGGAUAGAGGUACUCCUGGAAUGGAUAGAGGCUCUUCUGGAAUGGAUAGAGGCACUCCUAGAAUGGAUAGAGAAUACGCUUCUGCAAUGGAUAGAGGCUAUCCCGGUGUUGAUAGAGGACCAACUGGAAUUGAUAGAGGACAAUCAGGCAUGGAAAAAGGCCCUCUCGGAAUGGAAAAAGGACCACCAGGAAAUUACAGAGGUCUUCCUGACAUGGAUAGACGCCAAUCAGAAAUGAAUAGCGGCCCACCAGGUUUAGAAAAAGACCAGUCAGGAAAAGAUAGAAGUCAACAAGGAAAGGAUAAACCACGGAUGUCGGCUAGAGACUCAAGUUCAUCCCGUAGGAACAGUGAUCAAGGAAAGAUUGACAGUGGGCCACCAAGACAAGGUAGUGAUGCACCAGUAUCUGAUAGAAGUAAACUGGGUGUAGCAAGCCUUCUCGCCGGAUUGAAAGGAGAUUCAUCCAGCAUGGACAUUCACCAAUCAAGAAUUGAUAGUGGCCCACCUGGCAUCGAUAGUGGCCCUCCAGGAAUAGAGAAAGUUAUAGCAGGUACCAAUAAACGGCAACUAGGUGUAGGGGACAUACUUGCUGGACUUAAGUCUGGUCCACCUGGAAUGGAUGCUGGACCUCCUGGAGUAGAUGCGGGUCCACCUGGUGUAGAUGCGGGUCCACCUGGUGUAGAUGCGGGUCCACCUGGUGUAGAUAUGGGACCUAGCUUUGUGGAAAAGGAAGCUCCAGGAAUAGACAUAGCACCUCCAGUUAUGGUUCCUCCAGGUGUUGGCAGAGGACUGCGAGGAAGUGACAUGAGACCUCCAGGAAUAGAAAACACAUAUCCAAUGAGGGGAUCAUUACCCAUAAGUUUGACCAGGGGGCCUCCUGGUCCUCCUGGUCCUAUUGGUUUUCCUGGUCUUCGUCCUCCUGGAGUUGAUGUAGGACCACCUGGUGUAGAUUUUGAUGCAAAUAGUAUGUAUAACCAACCUCUGGGAAUUAGGAAACCUCCCCCACCAUUUGAACAAAGGCCGGUAGAAGUUGGUCCACCCGGAGAAGAUACCUUUCCAACAGGACUUCCUCCGAACCCUCCUGGUUCUGAAAUAGUUCCACCUGGAUUUGAAGAGCCAGUGCCUCCAGGAAUGGAGCCAAUCAGUAAACCAAUGUCUUCUUUCAAAGAUCCUGCACCUCCUGGAAUGGAGGAGACAUAUCCACCAGGGAUGGAACCCGAACCUGAAACUCAGCCAAGCACUGAAAAUAAAGAGCAGCAACCACCUGUAGACAACCAAAGUGAAUUUGAAAAUCGUCAAAACCAGCCUCUAUUCCCCCCACCAUCAAAGGGUUUGACACGGCAUUCAUAUCAAAUUGGACAACCUAUACCAAUUACAGGUAUGGUGAAAGACGCUGGUGGUGCUAGUUCAUUUGUAUCGGCUAAGCAGACAUUAACUCCCAGCCCACUUGCUGGAUAUGACUCGUUAGUAUCUGUUAAGGCAAAGAAGGAAGACAAGAAGAAAGAAGAAUCAAAGUCGGAGGAAAAAAAGAAAGGAAAGGGGAAAAAGGGUAACAUGAAUAUGCCUGCAACCAUCAAAUUUGACAGUGCAAAAGUUGAUGAAUCAAUCAAAAAAGAGCCUAACAAAGUGGAAAAGGAAGAGUCAAAGUCAACUGAAAAUGGGGCAAGGGAGGAUGCAAAAAAGGCUAAAGAGAGUUUACCUCCUCAGGAGAUUUCACAAAGGGCAGUUGUAAGAAGCACCCUACCAUUACUGACUGACUCUGAAUCUAAGAUGGUCACACCUUCAUCUAUUGGUGAGCUAUUCAAAAAGAACUCUUCCACACCUUCAUCUUUCAGUAAAGACGGAAAGAGCUCACUAAGGAGUUACAGGAAAGCAGCAGAAGAAGAUGAUGAAGAAGAAGCUCCUAGAUCUAAGAAGGAAAGUAAGAAGGAUGCAAGCAGAAAAGAUGAUAGGGGACGGGAUGAUUCUCUCCGCAACAAGGCCCAAUCGCCCCCGCGGUCAUAUCGGUCACCAGAUCGUAGGUCCAAGAGAUCUCAUUCACCAGACAGAAGGAAGCGCCGGUCUCGCUCUAGAUCACGCUCACCAGAUCGCAGAAAAAGAAAGCGGGAGUCUCCGUCUCGCAGGAGAACUUCGUAUUCACCGCCCAAAAGAAGGUCACCACAAAAAAGUAAGAAUUCGCGCUCCCCAAGCAGAGACAAAGGCAAUAGGUCUCCAGAUCGUAGAGAUCGUAGAGACCAGAGGGACCAAAGAGAUCGGAAAGAUGACCGAUAUCGAGAAAGGGAUAGGAAGGACAGGUUUCCAGACAAAGACUAUGAUAAAGAAUCUGAUAGGAGAGGUGGUAAGCCAAGUACCGAGGCAUUUGACAAGCUUCGAGAGCUGCUCUAUGAUACUUUGGUGCGUCAGCCUGAUGACAGGCCAAGAGACUCUCCACAUGGUGAUAGGCGGCACCCUGACAAUAGAGACCGCAUGGAGCGAUCCAAGUCACCCUACAGCAAAGAAAGGCCUCGAUCUCCUAUACGUUCCCGAAGAGAGAACUAUUACCCAGAAGCUGAGAGACCAAGAAUGAGAUACCCUCCCCCAAGAAGGGACUAUGAAAGAGAUCCUUUAAGGGAUCAAUUAAGAAGCCUUCCAAGAGAGGUACCUAGGGACCUGCCAGUGCCAGCUCAAAGGGAACCUCCUCGGGACUUUGCCAGAGACUCUUCUCAAGACAGACCUGUUGAGAGGGCGCGUUCUCCACCAGUGUCAGAUAUGUCUGCACCUAUCGUCUUUGACUAUGAGCAUUCCGAGAACGCCAGGCCAGCUUAUGACAUAGGGACGAGAGAGCCAAUAGGGAGUCUACUGAGCAAUGCAGUUGUUGUAGAUGUCGUUGAUUACAGUCAUGGUCAGAUGACGGUUCCAACUGCUAAAGUCAUUACUGGAUCAGAACUUCUUCGAGAACGGGAGUCCACGUUUCCUUCAGAGAUUCAAACAUCUAAAGAGAAUAUUCAUGGUGAUAAAGAUGAUGUGCGUAUACAACAAGCGCCACCUCAACCACAACGUGAACAACAUCGUGAACAACAUCGUGAACCACAGCGUGAACCUUCACCGCAGCCCCCACCUCAGCCCCCGCCUCAACCUUCACCACCAAAGCAGCCGAUGCUUCCCCAGCAAACUCCGCAACAAGAAAUGCCGUACACAGAACAGCCAUACACAGAACAGCGUGAGCAGUUCUCUCAACACUACCACUCCGGGGACCAAACACAGUUUGAUCCUUACAGCAUGCAACAACAGAUGGAUUAUUACCAGCAGCAGGACAUGCAUAUGUCAUUCCAGCAACAACAACAACAACGGCCAUUCCAGGAAAUGGGCCAGCUUCACCCGCAAGAUCAAUACAGCACCCAGCAACAGCAGCAACAUUAUGCAGAACACUUUCAGGAGGAGCAGCAGCCACCGCCACCUCCACCGCCCGAAGAACCUCGGUCGGGUGGCUACCGCAAGUCUCCACCUCCCCCACCACCACCACCUCCUGCUCCAUCAAAGGAGGAUUCCUUCAAGCAGUCCUGGGCAGCCACGCCUCCCCCACCUCCAUCUGAUUCCUACAGUAACACCAGACAAUCAGGAAGCCAGGAUCUUCAGAGAUCCAGGGAUAGGGAUGACAGACAACGUGGUAGGGGUGACAAGUAAGUAUCUUGUUAUCAAACAACAGAUCAUCUUAUCUUGUUUAUUUAUUAUAAUGUUAUAUUUAUUUUCCAAGGAAUGACCUCUUGGGCAGUAUUCCUUAAUCCAUUUUAUAUUCAGGGGGGGGUCUUUAAGAUGGAAUAGGUAUUUUGAGAUCACCUUUUAACUUUC